GUAAAAUUUUGUGCACACGCAAACUAUCAGUUGUUUGUAAUUCACAAUAGAAAGCAUGUCUGAAGCUUUCAUCUGGGCAGUUAAGACGGGCGAUUUGGAAUCUGUCAAGGAAUACGUUGAGAAAGAAGGGGUCUCUGUCACCCAGCCUGAUUCUACUGUUCUCCAUGCUACCCCAUUACACCACGCUGCCGACUUCGGACAACUUCACAUCGCCGAAUACCUCAUUAGUAAAGGCGCGGAUGUAAAUGCAACCGAUGCAUUUGGUGUUAAGCCACUUCUGGCCGCUGUCUAUGAAGGUCAUGUUGACAUGGUCAAGUUUUUACUGAGUAAGAACGCAGAUAAGGACAUUAGAGGUUAUGAUGGGAAAACAGCAUUGGAGUCUACAGAUAUUCCUGCGAUCAAGGCCCUGCUUUCGUAAAUAAAACUAUAUUGAGAUUGCUGUUGUUGUGAAGCA